UGUAGUACACCCACCACUGAAGAAAAAAGUUUUUCACGAAUUUUGUAGCAUUUUUAAUAUUAAUAAAAAAAAGCGGCGCAAAAUGUCACGACAAGCCUCCAGAUUGGAUGCCAAGAAAGUGAACUCGGAGUUCCUGACGCUCACGUACGGCGCACUGGUCACACAGAUGCUGCGCGACUUUGAGAACGUUGAGGAUGUGAACAAGCAGCUGGAACGGAUUGGCUACAACAUGGGCAUGCGCCUGAUCGAGGACUUUCUGGCAAGGACAUCGUCGCCGCGCUGCCUGGAGAUGCGCGAGACAGCCGAUCGCAUCCAGCAGGGAUUCCGCAUCUAUUUAAAUGUACAGCCCACCAUUUCCAAUUGGUCGCCGGCCUCCGAUGAGUUCUCGCUGCUCUUCGACUCCAAUCCGCUAACGGAAUUCGUCGAGCUGCCACAGGAUCUGACCAAUCUACGCUACAGCGCCAUACUCAGCGGCUGCAUACGCGGCGCCCUCGAGAUGGUCCAGCUGGAGGUGCAGUGCUGGUUUGUUCAGGAUCAACUGAAGGGCGACAAUGUGACGGAGUUGCGUGUUAAACUCGUGCGACGUCUAGAGGAAGCCAUACCAGCUGGCGAGGAUUAGAGAUAGACAAACAAACACAUAUAUACUAAUAUAUAUAAAGAGAGAAACAGAGAGAGCGGGAGCGGGAGCUGGAGGGAGAUGAACGUUUGGGGCGCUUCUCAUUUAGGAUUUAGUAACAUUUUCGAUACCAAGCUGCAUUCCGAAGCGAAGGCGCGUCUGCACAAACGGAAACAACAACAAUAACAGCAAAUUAAUUAUUAUUAUUAAAAAAAUAAUAGAGGAAACCAUUUUAGUUAUAUUUUUAUUCGACUUUAUACAAGAUAUUGUUUAAUGUCAGUUAUAAAAUAUAUAGUGUAUACAUAAAGUAGUUGUAUAAAGCAA